GGCCCGACGUGCUGGACGCAAAGACCUACUCGCACACCAUCAAGGGCCUCAACGCUAUGCGCAUAUUCCUGCGCAGCCGGGGCGCACCAGACAACAUGAAGCAGCCGCUGAUCACGCCGAAGAUGGUCAAAGACAUGGCACAGCAAUUGGGCGUGAGAGGAUCCCCGUCCAAAUACUGGUAUGCCAUGUUCGCGCUCCGCUACCCCUUGGACUCCGAGUGGGAGACGUACAUCAGGAACGACACUCGCUGGUACAUUCACCUGCCCAGCGACGUGGCACAGCCCGUGCACCCCCUCAUCAAGGAGUUCCGCAAGCACCUGGACGACUGCAUGAAGAACGAGUUCCUCUGGGACUACCGAGGGUUCGUGAAGAUGAAGUGCAGCGAGUGUGGCAUCCCCGACUCGGUGAUCUGGUGCCAGCAGUGCACGGACUACUUCUGCCCCGCCUGCUUCCUGCACACCCACAAGAGCCGCCGCGGCAGGAAGCACUGGCCCAUGCCGAUCCCUGGCAGCCGCUACUUGAGCGGAUCAGAGGCCGCACGCCUCGCGGACCACAUCCCGCUGCUGAACGUUGGCUUCUCGAACCGCCGCCGCUUCCUCGCCCGGGACAACCAGUCGGACAAGAACGGCUCCAGGAACGGCGAUAAUUGGCUCUUCUUCAGCGCGGAUACGUUCCAGGCCGCGCUGACGCAGGCGCCAGAGAAGCACUGGUACGUGAAGAGGCUGAAGCCGCCGCGUCUCGCGCCCGGCGUGGAGGGGUACUACUACAACUUCUCCUCGGACGUCAUUGCAGACGACGACUCCCACAUCAUGACGAAGGCCCACGAGCAGAAGGCGAUCUCCCUGCUGCAGAAGAACAUCCGGGGCGCCCUGACGCGCAGGCAGAUCCGCAGGGAGACGGAGGCCACCAUCGUGAUCCAGAAGUGCAAGACCAUGUGGGACGUGCAGAAGAUCCACGGCAACAACGGCAGGAACGCGGCCCUGCUCAAGAGCUGGUACCGCAAGCACGCCGCCAAGAAGGAGAAGGAGAAGCUCGAAAUCCGCAUCACGCGUAUUCAGUCCAUUUGGCGGGGCGUGAUGACGAGGAUGGAGUUCCGGCGCAUGAUGAACACCACGACGCGCUUCCAGGCGGCCUUCCGGCGGCUGCUGGGAGGGCGCCGCGACGCCGUGCUGCGCGCGGCGACCAUGACCAUCCAGGCCGCCUACCGCGGCCACCUGUACGGCCGCCGCCCCAUGCAGCACGAGCGCGAG